AGCAACGCGGCCUGGACAGCGGGCCGCCUCACUCCGAGCGCCGCUGCUGGAGCUUGGGGCCUGUAAGCACAGCCCUCUGCCGCAGGCUUACAGGGGAAUGAGGGCAGGCGCUCAGACGAAGCUUGUGACUAAUCAGCCGUAUGAUGAAAGUCUGGAUGUGAAUGAUCCUGAAGAGGUUGCUAGCAUCUACACUCCAUCUCCGAGACAGCCUGCUGGUCUCAGGUCAAACCGUUCCCAGACCAGACUCAUGGCAGAUAACAGCAGUGAUGAGUACGAGGAGGAGAACAGUAAGAUAACAUCCACUGAGGUAAUGCAUACAUUUACCACAACUACCCAGAGCUCUGCAUUUUCUACAGCAUUACACCAGCACUACACAAAGGAAAGCUAUGACUUGAAGGAGAAGAAGAAAGGAUCAAAGGCCAUGCAGCAGGGGUUUGUGGAGAAUGAGGAUGAAGAGGAGGAUGAGGAUUCAGAUGACACAGAAUCUGAUGAUGAUGAUGAGGAGCAUGGAGCACCACCAGAAGGUGCAUAUGAUCCAGCAGAUUAUGAGCAUCUUCCCACUUCCAAUGAGAUAAAGGAGCUGUUCCAGUACAUCACCAGAUACACUCCGCAAUCCAUUGAGCUGGACCAUAAGCUGAAGCCAUUUAUUCCAGACUUCAUUCCUUCAGUGGGUGAUAUUGAUGCCUUUUUGAAGGUACCUCGCCCUGAUGGGAAACCUGACAACCUGGGCCUGAUCCCAUUGGAUGAACCUUGUGCGAAGCAGUCUGAUCCAACUGUUCUGUCACUGUGGCUGACAGAGAAUUCAAAACAGCACAGUGCCACGCAAUUAAAGGUGAAAAGCUUGGAGAACGCAGAGAAAAAUCCAAAAGCCCUUGAUAACUGGAUGGACAGCAUCAGUGAACUGCAUCAUUCCAAACCGCCUGCCAAUGUUCACUACACCAAGCCAAUGCCUGAUAUUGAAGCUCUCAUGCAGGAGUGGCCACCAGAGUUUGAAGACCUGCUAGGAAAGGUGAGUCUGCCUACAGCAGAAGUCAACUGUGAGCUAACCCAAUAUAUUGACAUGAUUUGUGCAAUCCUUGAUAUUCCUGUGUACAAGGACCGCAUCCAAUCCCUACAUGUGCUUUUCACCCUCUACUCUGAGUUCAAAAAUUCACAGCAUUUCAAAGCUCUGGCAGAAGGGAACAAAGUGAGCAGCUGUGAGGAACCUCCAUCCCACAGUGCAGAAGUGGACACAGUAACAUUUGACUGAGUAGCAGCUCUUAGCAAAUUAUUCUCUCUGUUGGAAAUGUUAAAAUCUUCCUUUUGUUCUAAAUACAAUCCUUAAUUUGUUUUAUUUUUAUACUUGCUGUAUACUUUUUCCUCAUAAAUAUUAUUCUGAACAA